CUGACAUGGAGGACACGAUUUUCGGUCCCACAGAGGGGACGUCGGUGGAGGAAAAGGAACUCCUCGAGAAGUCAGGAUCCCUGGCCGACGAUGGCAGUUUCGAAUCGUUGUCUAAGUGUGAAGACAAAGCCAUUGCACCUUGCGAGCUCACUGUUCCCGGGAAAGCAAUGGAAGCACCUGAAGCUUCACUGAUUCAGCCCAGCACCGAAAUUCCAUAUCUAGGCGACCGCUUUGUAGAGCCUGAGGGUAAAUCUGAAUUGUCGUUAAAAUCAGAAGCAUCUAAUUUAUCGCAAAUGGACUCUGUAUCAAGCAUGCGAGAAAUGGCAGGAAACGGCAAUAUCAGACAAGCCACAAGUUCCAAAGUGAACCUAACGUCAUCUGAGAGGGACGACAGCCAGGUUGAAAAACGUGAGGGAUCAAACAUACUGCUUGGCAAGGCUGGAAUGCCUGACACUGUUCCUGAAAAGAGCUCGACAGGUGCGAUUGCACGAGCGAACUAUAAGGAACGCAGCUCCCGGAAACGACAUCGUCGAAACUCUGUGCAACGCAAACGUUCCUACAAUGAAGAUACAAGUGAGAAAUCGAUUGACAACAGUGGAAGAAGUAAAAGCGGCAUAAGAGGCAACCGCUAUUUAUCCAGAGGAAGAACUGUGUCCUUGGAUUUUGGGCGGUCAUCGGCUCGGCGGGCAGAAUAUUGGCCAUAUCAAAGUCGAAGGAAAGACAUAGUGGGCGACAGUAAAGUAACAACCUCGAAACAGGUGAAGUACCGCAAUCUUGAGUACAGGCCAUACAGAAGGCAGUCAACUGGACAGGAUAUAUCGAGGCAUACUUUUAACAAGUAUGAUAGUUCCCCAUUGAGCACAAAGAGGAUACGAAUGUACUCAGAACCAUACACUGAUCUCAGAAGUUCGUCUCUUGCGCAGGCUCUGAGACCCAGUCCACAGCAGUAUUAUGACGUAUCGAGUGGGAGAAUGCCAUGGCAACAGUAUCGUGAUCGUCGACCCUUGCGCAUGAUGCAAUCCGCGUCUAGUACAAGCAGUUCAAAACUACUCGACCUGCGCGCGCCUGAACCAUGUUUUGCACCUGAUGCACCCACAACUGUUGCUGAGUGGUGGGGUUCCACUACAUCCUGGCAUCCUUCCUCACACGCUGAUGUACCUAGCCGCAAUCUUGAAGCUUGUACUUGCAUGGAAUGUUGCGGUGAGUGCUGUCGAAGAGCGGCUAUGGAAACGGUGGAAGAAGUUGUUCGAUCUGACGUAUUGCUGGGAUCCAGGUGCAUUUCUGAUAUUAGGCGGUGGUAUGACAGCGUUGCUACGAAAGUUAUUCGUGACACCAAACAACCUAAACCAAGGCUCGUAUUUCAUCCCUCAUUGCCUUCAUUGCCUUCUGAACCAAAAUAUGAAUUCGCAGCGGCAGGUACUCAGAUGCUCCCUCGUCGAUUUCCGUCAAGCAAACGAGUACCAUGUGCACCGCCCUCCUCUCCAUUAUAUAUAGAAGAAGAACCAUACAAGCCGUUUGCCUGGUCUACGGCAAAGCUUGGAAAAUCCUUGUCGCUUACUCUUCCGUCUGAGAGUACGUAUUCCGGACAUUUCUCUCGGUCAACGGCGGACUUGCUGUCAGAGAACCAUUCAACUUCGCUUCCACUCUUCCGACACUCCUUUCGCUGUCCCAUGUGCGAGCGCGUGCACCAUCGACUUCACAGAGAGGCUGAGGUGCCACAUGACGGCAAAGAAACGCGAGGAAUGCAUAUUGGAGUGCAGACGUCUGCGUCUGAAUCCAAUAUCUCUCACCGCAGGUCCUCGUUGCGUUCAGUCUAUAGGCCGGUUCAAUUUCGAAGCAUGUCUGCGGUGGACAUUGCCACAACUAAGCGGGUGUCCAUAGCCAUGCCUAGACGACGUCUUCAUUCUGUUGGUGUUACAGCGUAUCAAAGCAAACACUCUGGAGAAGGCCCUUCAAGUUACUCACGACUUGUGGCGACGAGGUGCAGGAAACUUCCAAGCUCUAGUUCUUUUAAUUGGCACCCAGACGACAUUUCUUGCGGUAGCGAAACACCGAUAAUGGGAGAUGCAGAACUGCCGUCGCUCCACAGUUAUAGGAAAACAUUCCCUGCCGCGACGUCCAGCUCUCUGGAGAUAAGCGUGGAUACACAGGAUGAAAAUGUCAAGAUUGAAAAGCCGCAAGGGAUGCGAGACUCCAGUAGAAGUCCCAGACUGGCCUUACCAGGAAUGGUCGAGGCGACCACGAGAGGCACAUCUAAGCUCACAGCAGGGGGCAACGAAAACAGAAAGAGUACGAAAAAUAUGUUGAAAUUGGACGUCCGUGAAAUGCUUACGAGAAUCUCCAGUAGUCCAGGUAGGCUAACCUACGUGGACGAUGAAACCAGAAAGAAUGCAAAAGGAAACGAUUCGAACGUUUACGAGACAGAUCAGGAAGGAAAAAGAUGUGAUCCUUGUGUGGGCAGACCUGGCGCGCAGCUCAGCGACGUGGCCGAAAAUGUUCAGGAAACCACAAAAUCUGAUAUACCAUAUUCCAGACAUGCCGCAUCUGAUCGGAAUGGACCUCAGUCUAAUAUUGCAUUUUUGUGCAGUGCCGAUAGUGGCCUGAGUAUGAAAAGUUAUCCAUCUUCAAUUCGAAGUCAUCCUGUCAUCGCAGGAUUUUCAACAGCACGGCACCCGCAUGACGAGGAGUACCUGUCGUUUACUGCCACGGGACCGUUGCAGAGUAUUGAAGCUGAACCACAGCACUACGUGGCUUCAGAUGAGUACCCUGUGUACCCUCAGAAUGGCCUAAUGCAAGAUUCCUUUGGAAGUAUACAUCAUACCUGGCCUGUCAGGACUGCGUCUGUUUCAGGUACCAUAGGACACGCGAGAGAAGCCAAACUCGCGCUGCGACCGAGCUCCAGUCAUGCUUCUUUUAUGAAAAGAGGCGAAGAGGAACUAAGUUAUGGGCAGGUUAGUCCAUCUGCCUAUGAGUUUGCUUGGGGUGUAGCUAAUAAACGACCGGUGUGUUCAGUAUCUCUGCAAAAGAAAAGGAGCUCCUAUUAUGACUUUGCGUGGGAUUCUGAUGAACUCUAUAGGUGCCCCUUCGCACGUCCCUCAUAUGAAGAAUGGCAGUCAUUCGAACCCCGAGGAGACGACUAUGGUGCACUAUACAUGACAGCAAGAGAGUCCAGCGAAUCUGAUACAAGCUAUUUCAUGGCUGAUGAGGAACCCAUGGAGAGAAUGCCUUUUCCUGAUCAACGCCUAUCAUCGUCGUACAUCCCAUCGCUGGAAAGUGAGACGACCAGAGAUAUGUCGCGGGCACAAAUAGCUCCUCCGAUGCAUUCAGCGACCCUGGUCAGGGGUAUGCCAUCACCACAAACGAUACUUGUUAUCCAUAAACCCUGUCCCCAUCAAGGCGAAACUUCGUGCCUUGGAGCAUCGCAACUGAAAAGGACAUCUCCUGGCGAAGGCGUAGAAUCGACACAAAAGUUUCCUUCAAUGCCAAAGGUUUCGUCAUUAUCGGUGGCGCAGCUUUCAGCAACAUCAGAACUAUCAGAUUCAUACGGCACAGUACGACUCUUCGAAUCUGAGUCACGAAUGUCGUCGAAAACACGAGAAGCACCCAAAAGCACAAAAAUGCUUCGUUCCUCCGUUGAUGACGGCGAUAUCAUAACGAAGACAACUAGGUUACUUCACCCUUCUCUUGACGAAUGUCUGAUCAAAGACAUCUUUCCGGUGGAAGACAUUCCCACCGAAGACGGUGGACGACAUAAGGAACCUUCUGAAGGAGAUGCCAUGCAUCUAGGCGAAGAAGGUGAUGUACCGCCAGGGGAAGCUAGUGGUGUACCGUUGGCAAAACCAUAUAGUGCACUUCCGUUAAGUGCUGUGAAAUCGGAUGAGCAACCGCCGGAAAAAAGUUGCAGUUGGACAAGUGCAGCUAGCGGCAAGGAAGUAUCCCAGCGGAUUGAAGAACUGACUAGAUCUACAAGUUCAGUAGAGCAACCACACAAGCCCUCCAUAGCCCCCACAGUAGGUUUGGCUCCUGAACACAAACCAGGUAUUGAAGAGAGUGAGGGAACAUCCUCCGUAUCUGCACAGGAGAGAAAGAAAACUGAGUCCACGGUUCCGUCACCUGCAUCCGGGAAGAUGACCUCUGAAGCAAAGGAAGGAGUAGAAGAGCACGAGUCCAUGUCAGAAGAAAAGAAAAAGGAGAGUACUGAGGAAGAAACACGAGAGGAGGAAGUCCCUGCAGCUCAACCCCAAGCCGGAAAGCGAACCGAACACGUCGAAAAGGGCCAUGAGGACGAAGCAAAGCUUCUUCCUUCAGAAGGGAAGAGUGAGUCGCUUGAGGAAGAUAAAGCUAUGGAAGACUAUCUUGAAACAUCUGUGCACCUGUACCCCGAAAGCCGCAUCGUUAUUAUUAUCAUCAUAAUUUGCAUUGCAUGGAUAAUGUUUUUAUUGCUCUCCACCGGUAAGCAUUACGAGCCUAUGACGCCUCUCGUCCCAACAGUGGUUGGAGAUAUUGAUACACAAACCACAACUGAGAACGAGCAGACAACGAGUGAGUCUUUGAUGCCAACAGACCUCCCCACCGGCUCCACUACUGCGACACCUAAUGGCACAAUUGGGGGUAUAUUCUACUGUAGAACAGACUUCUGUAAGCGGGAAGGCACGUACCUCAGCGACCUGUCGUCGAGGUCCAGCCGGAGACCAUGUGAAGAUUUCUACGAAUACAUUUGUGAGGGCUGGGUUGACGCCGUUACUGGCGCUGCAUCUCUGGGAGAAGGUUCUUCUGUGUCGCGGGACACACAACUUCAGUCGGAAAUUGAGCAGAUUGCCCUAGAUUACUUGACAGACACUGGAAAUGUCGACGUUGCUCCUGCGCGAGAGCUAUACGAGUCUUGUAUUGGAAGAAACAAUAGCCGUGGUAUUGCUUCAGCGCGUGAAAUUUUUAGGACAUGGACCAUUAAAGACUGGCCUCUGACAGGUCAAACAGUGGUGUCGACCCGGGACGAAGUCUGGCAGUUUGCUGGCGAAGUUGUGAGAGACCUGAAUGUUGAAGCAUUGCUUAGCGUCUCAAUCGCUAUCGAUCCGAGGCAUCUCAACGAACAUAUUGUGCAGCUAGGUGAACCGUUUCCCAUUUUCCUUCCUGGUGACACCGCAAUUCCGGAAGUGCUCGCCUUAUUUCGCGAAGCCAUACGUGAGACGGCAACAGAAUUUGGCUUACGAAGCAUCGCUGCAGAUGACGUGGUUAACGAAGUGAUGACGACGACGUCAACAAUAGCAAAGAAGCUUCGUCUCGGGAUGGAUGCUGCAACGCCUGAUCGUGACCUGACAGUUACUCAGGUCGUAAGUCUUGGCCACGGGGUGAGAUCCUUCCUGAGCACCGUAUUCGAAAACAUAUCCAACAUCAACUUCAACACUGUGGUGCUUGUGCAACGGCCUGGUUACGUGGGCAAAGCUUUGAAUGAAGUCAUCAACGCGUUGUCACCGAGAGCCGUCCUAAACUAUAUAGGCUUCCGUUGUCUUCUGCGUCUUGCUCCAUUUCUACCCGACCAACUUGUGCGGCUUCGACAUUUGAACUCUGUAGAACUGCUGGGUCGCGCGCAGGAAGACAACGCGUCCACCUUGUGUCUACGUGCCGUCGAGACUGUCCUCCCUGUAUGCUUCCUACGGUCUUACGCUAAACACCGCGUUGUCACUGGUGAGGAUACUAGGGCACGCGAAUGGCUAUCACAGUUGGAGAGUAUCUUCAUCAAGAACGUACGACGGGUGAAAUGGAUGGACGAGUUGACCUCCCUCUUAGUACGCUACAAGGUGAAGCACCACUAUCUCGCUCGUUUCUUCCCGUACUGGGCAGUACACGAGAGAGACGCUUGUACUUCUGCACGCUUCGACAGUACACGGGGGCCAUUAGCUGGCUACUUUGACACUUCUGUUUUACAUCAAGGUGAAGUGCUCCAGGACGUCAUCCGCGGUGGAAACCAGAAGCGCUUUCUGCUUGGAUGGCCGCUUGACACGUCUGCCUCUUACAGAGAAACGCUGCAAACUAUCUACGUUCCUCCAGCCAUCAUCAAUGCCUCUGUGUCCACAAAGGGAACUAUGUUCGCCUUCCACCUAUCCAGGGUCGCUGUCCGCCUGUUUACAGCCCUUGUUAAGAUUCUUUACGAAGGUACUCUGUACGAGCAAGAGACACCUCUGCAGUUCACGAGUGAGGCCGAGAGGGAGUUAAACGAAGCCACUGACUGUUUCCAGCGGGACUUUGAAAGAAAUCGUGGCGUGACAAGCCUGAACGCAUCUUGGGUUCGCUACUCACUUCUCGAGCAAGGACUUGCGCUCAGUCUCGCAUAUCGAGCUUUCCGAGAACUAUUACAUGUCAAACGAAUCUGGCGGCUCGACUUUCGUCUCACCACUCUACGAAAUGUUUCCUCGGACCAAUUAUUCUUUAUGUACUACGCGUUAGACAACUGCGAAUAUUCCGACCAAGCGUACAGGGCGCACGACUUCCUUCACAAGCAUAGAGUACCACCGGAACACCGUGUUAAUCUGCCAUUAAGAAAUCUGCCCCAGUUUGCUCGUGCUUUUAAUUGCAGCCCCCAAGACUAUAUGAAGGCCCCUAUCCCAUGCAGCACUCUUCGCUGAUGUAUAGGGUUAAUUGGCUAUUGUUGGUGUUACAUAUUACUGAUACAUUAUAUAUCCUUAUGCAAUAUGUAAUAGUAUAUAUGUAUAUGUAAUUUAUAUGUAAUAGUAUAUACCUUAUACAAUGUU